GUGGCCCAGGCUCCCACGGCGCCCGCGGCGCCCUUCUUCCGCCCCGGCCCGGCCCGUGGGACCCGGCCCGCCCUCUGCCGUCCGUCCCCGGCGGGCCCGAUGCCUGUCGGCCGCUCCCUCUGUCCCCAUGCGGGCAGGUCCGCGCCUUCUGCGGGCUGCCUGGCUUUUGGAUGCUUUGAAGGGGAACAAUGGAGCGAAGGAUAGAGCGAGCAGCGGGGGGCAGUUGCGUUCAGGGCCUUAAAUGCCAAACAAGUGCCCUAAAGGCCAGGGCCCAACACUCAGGCCCUAAAGUACGGGCUGAAUGGGGCAUCCUAGGAAUAGCUCUGGAGUGAAAAAAGGAGUGAAGAGAGCGUUUGAAGGCACCGGCUGAGGCCUUUCCUGCCUGCCUGAGGCCUUUCCUGCCUGCCCUGUGUCUGGCUCUGCUGGGUGGAGGGACCCAGCAGACUGGACCUUUGGGGACCAGUCAGGGCUCGGAUGGACGGGCAAGAUGUGUUGGGGCCAGCUAGUGAGAGGCGGGGCUCCCUGGUUCCCCUUGGCCUGAGGCAGCGGUGGGACGUGUGAGUCUCCCGACCAGGAGCAGGUUGGAGUGUGGGUGCGGCUGUGCGCGCUGUGGGCAUGGGCGCAGGCUCUCUAGUCUCGCUGGAGGACUCGAACAUCGGUACUUCCGAGACCAGCUGCUGGAAGUCCAGGUCCUGGGUCUGGCUAGCUCCCAGGCCUUGAAGCCCCAGGUCCUGCAGACACACACAACGACGUGUUCGAGAAGGGCCUUGGUACUGGGAGAAGGGGGCGGGGAGCUGAGGGAGUGUUUUUUUCCUUCUGGGCAAGAAAAUUAAUUGCUCAUAGUUGAAAGGCAGGAAGUACCCGCACAGCCUCCCCUCCCCAGAUCUGCAGGUCAAGGUCAUGUGUGCCCGCAUUUGCACAGAGCCUGACUCUGACAUCCGUGCACACACACGCCUAGUACCCCUGCACUAGUGCCCCCACGCCCGCCUUCGGAACACACGCCUGGUGCCCAAGUGCCUUGCCUCUCUCCCCACAUCUAUACCCCAGGGAUUUCCCUCCCACCAAAUUGAAGCCAGUUGUCUGCUUGGCUUGUCAACCGCCUCCCGCCUCCUCCCGCCUCCCGCCUCCUGCCUUCCCGAUUUCCCGGAGAAAAGCUGCUGCCCUGUGGUAGAGGGUGGAGGAAAGCCCCACCACCCCUGGAUGAGGGAGGCCCCAAGACUUGCCCCCAGGGUAGCUAAGACCUCACUCCGAGGGAGCUGCCCCCCUCAGGCCUAUGACGGGCAGGUGCAGCUGCAGGGGAAGGGAGGCAGAGCAGUCUCUUCCGGCAGCAGGAAGUGGUAACCGCCUAUGGGGAAAUUGUGGGGCUGAGCAGAAGGGGAACAGGAGCUGAACUCUCCUCCCCUACCAAGGGGGCCUGGAGGGAACGGCAGCCAGCUGCUGAGGUUCUGCUCUCUGGUGCUGACCUUCCUUCCCCCUCCCCUCUGAACUUCCCACCCCAGCUCUCAAGGCUCCCUGGGCCUCUCUGGGGGCUGACUUGGGAAGGGAGGACCCCAUCCGAUGUCUGGGGGAAGGAGGCAACCCAGGGGGAGUCCAGAGCCUGGGGCAGCAAUGGUGUUCAUGUCCAGUGGUACUGUGGGCCAGCGGCCCCGCUGUGAAUGGUACAGUCUGGCAGUGGUGACCAGGGACAGCCUUCUGGAGGUGGUGGGAUGGCAGCCUGGGAUGCUAGCUUACGUUGGGGCUCACACCUGCUCCGGCUGCUUGGCAGCGGGGCUUUGGGCACAAGGCAGCCUAGGUGCAGGCCCAAUGGGAGGGGAUGGCAAGGCCGGGGCACAGUGGGGCUGGAAGGGGCGCCCUGCCCCCCAGGAGCCCCUCGCGGGCAGUGCCAGCCCUGGGCCGCCCCGCCCCACCGGGAGCCGCGCUGGGGGCGGGGCUGGGCGGAGCCCGCGCAGGGUGCUGGCCGCAGCGCCCCCAAGUCCCGGCGCCGGCCCGCUCACGGCCGCGUGGGAGCAGUGGGGUUCGACGGCGCGGCCGCGAGGCCGCCAUGGCCGCUCACGGGAAGCUGCGGCGGGAGCGGGGGCUGCAGGCUGAGUAUGAGACGCAAGUCAAAGAGAUGCGCUGGCAGCUGAGCGAGCAGCUGCGCUGCCUGGAGCUGCAGGGCGAGCUGCGGCGGGAGUUGCUGCAGGAACUGGCAGAGUUCAUGCGACGCCGCGCUGAGGUGGAGCUGGAAUACUCCCGGGGCCUGGAAAAGCUGGCCGAGCGCUUCUCCAGCCGUGGAGGCCGCCUGGGGAGCAGCCGGGAGCACCAAAGCUUCAGGAAGGAGCCGUCCCUCCUGUCGCCCUUGCACUGCUGGGCGGUGCUGCUGCAGCACACGCGGCAGCAGAGCCGGGAGAGCGCGGCCCUGAGUGAGGUGCUGGCCGGGCCCCUGGCCCAGCGCCUGAGUCACAUUGCAGAGGACGUGGGGCGCCUGGUCAAGAAGAGCAGGGAUCUGGAGCAGCAGCUGCAGGAUGAGCUCCUGGAGGUGGUCUCAGAGCUCCAGACGGCCAAGAAGACGUACCAGGCAUAUCACAUGGAGAGCGUGAAUGCCGAGGCCAAGCUCCGGGAGGCCGAGCGGCAGGAGGAGAAGCGGGCAGGCCGGAGUGUCCCCACCACCACCGCUGGUGCCACUGAGGCAGGGCCCCUCCGCAAGAGCUCCCUCAAGAAGGGAGGGAGGCUGGUGGAGAAGCUCUGGCCCCCGCAGAGGCCUGUGGCCGCUUCCAGCUGUGCACCUGUGUGCUGGCUCCAAGCUGGGUUUCUGGUGCACCCUCCAUGGUGGGGUGCCAUGUGCGCACCUUCCACUCAUCAGCGGCAGGCCAAGUUCAUGGAGCACAAACUCAAGUGCACAAAGGCGCGCAACGAGUACCUGCUUAGCCUGGCCAGUGUCAACGCUGCUGUCAGUAACUACUACCUGCAUGACGUCUUGGACCUCAUGGACUGCUGUGACACAGGGUUCCACCUGGCCCUGGGGCAGGUGCUCCGGAGCUACACGGCAGCUGAGAGCCGCACCCAAGCCUCCCAAGUGCAGGGCCUGGGCAGCCUGGAAGAAGCUGUGGAGGCCCUGGAUCCUCCAGGGGACAAAGCCAAGGUUCUCGAGGUGCAUGCUACCGUCUUCUGUCCCCCGCUGCGCUUUGACUAUCACCCCCAUGAUGGGGAUGAGGUGGCUGAGAUCUGCGUUGAAAUGGAGCUGCGGGACGAGAUUCUGCCCAGAGCCCAGAACAUCCAGAGCCGCCUGGACCGACAGACCAUUGAGACGGAGGAGGUGAACAAGACUCUGAAGGCGACACUGCAGGCCCUGCUGGAGGUGGUGGCCUCGGAUGACGGGGAUGUGCUUGAUUCCUUCCAGACCAGCCCCUCCACCGAGUCCCUCAAGUCCACCAGCUCAGACCCAGGCAGCCGGCAGGCGGGCCGGAGGCGCGGCCAGCAGCAGGAGACCGAAACCUUCUACCUCACGAAGCUCCAGGAGUAUCUGAGUGGACGGAGCAUCCUCGCCAAGCUGCAGGCCAAGCACGAGAAGCUGCAGGAGGCCCUUCAGCGAGGUGACAAGGAGGAGCAGGAGGUGUCUUGGACCCAGUACACACAGAGAAAAUUCCAGAAGAGCCGCCACCCCCGCCCCAGCUCCCAGUAUAACCAGAGACUCUUUGGGGGAGACAUGGAGAAGUUUAUCCAGAGCUCAGGCCAGCCUGUGCCCCUGGUGGUGGAGAGCUGCAUUCGCUUCAUCAACCUCAACGGCCUGCAGCAUGAAGGCAUCUUCCGGGUAUCGGGUGCCCAGCUCCGGGUCUCAGAGAUCCGUGAUGCCUUCGAGAGAGGGGAGGACCCACUGGUGGAGGGCUGCACUGCCCACGACCUGGACUCGGUGGCCGGGGUACUGAAGCUCUACUUCCGGAGCCUGGAGCCCCCACUCUUCCCCCCAGACCUGUUCGGCGAGCUGCUGGCUUCUUCGGAGCUGGAGGCCACAGCGGAGAGGGUGGAGCAAGUGAGCCGCCUGCUGUGGCGGCUGCCCGCGCCGGUGCUGGUGGUUCUGCGCUACCUCUUCACCUUCCUCAACCACCUGGCCCAGUACAGCGAUGAGAACAUGAUGGACCCCUACAACCUGGCCGUGUGCUUCGGGCCCACGCUACUACCGGUGCCCGCUGGGCAGGACCCGGUGGCGCUGCAGGGCCGGGUGAACCAGCUGGUGCAGACGCUCAUAGUGCAGCCCGAUCGGGUCUUCCCGCCCCUGACCUCGCUGCCUGGCCCCGUCUACGAGAAGUGCAUGGCACCGCCUUCCGCCAGCUGCCUGGGGGACGCCCAGCUGGAGAGCCUGGGGGCGGACAAUGAGCCGGAGCUGGAAGCUGAGAUGCCCUCCCACAGCUUGGACCCCCUCUCCUCCCCAGACCUGGAGGGGGUCGUGGAGGCUGUGGCCUGCUUUGCCUACACGGGCCGCACAGCCCAGGAGCUGAGCUUCCGGCGGGGGGACGUACUGCGGCUGCACGAGAGGGCCUCGAGCGACUGGUGGCGGGGGGAGCACAACGGCAUGCGGGGCCUCAUCCCCCACAAGUAUAUCACGCUGCCCGUGGGGACGGAGAAGCAGGUGGUGGGCGCAGGGCUGCAGACUGCAGGGGAGUCUGGGAGCAGUCCCGAGGGCCUCCUGGCAUCAGAGCUGGUCCACCGGCCAGAGCCAUGCACCUCACCUGAGGCCAUGGGACCCUCUGGACACAGACGACGCUGCUUGGUCCCAGCCUCCCCAGAGCAACACGUGGAGGUGGAUAAGGCUGUGGCACAGAACAUGGACUCUGUGUUUAAGGAGCUCUUGGGAAAGACCUCUGUCCGCCAGGGCCUUGGGCCAGCAUCUACCACCUCUCCCAGUCCUGGGCCCCGAAGCCCAAAGGCACCGGCCAGCAGCCGCCUGGGCAGGAACAAAGGCUUCUCCCGGGGCCCUGGGGCCCCAGCCUCACCCUCAGCUUCCCACCCCCAGGGCCUAGACACGACCCCCAAGCCACACUGAGGUGCCGCUGCUGGAGAUGCGUGCCCCCGGCGGCUACCCGCUGGACCGGCCACUCUCCCCAGCCCCCUUGCUUCUCUCCAGCCCUGUCCAGCAAGUGCAGGGUGCCUGCACUUCACCCUGUGCAGAGAGGUGGGAUGGGGCCGUGCACACAGGGAUGCCCGCUCCACAUCCUGCCUGCCCCUCAGCCCUGGCCCAGGCCCCUUUUGGAGGCAGCUGAGGAAGGAUGCUGGGGAAAGCCCUCUUCUGCAGCUUUGUGGAAGGCUGAUCAGUGGCUGCUGGGUGGCGGGUACCCUUGCUCAGAUGCCUGGCAGGGCUGGGUGGUGAUUCAUAAAGACCUCGUGUUGAUUCCCC